AUGAUUGCUGCUCCGCUGCGCUCCGCCUGUUUCUCGUCGCUUCGCUCUGCCAUGCGUCCUGUUCCUCGCGCUCUUCCGCGUGUGAAUAUGGUGCGCACGUUCAGGUCGUCUUCGAUCACGAACCGUGUCAAGACACUCUACACGCUCGAGCACGAAUGGAUCAAGUAUGAUGACGAAACGAACGAGGGAGUGCUUGGCAUUACGGACCACGCGCAGAACAGUCUUGGCGAUGUCGUAUACCUGGAGCUGCCAUCAGUGAGCCUCGAGGUGACCAGGGGAGACCAAAUUGGCUCGAUUGAGUCGGUCAAGGCUGCUUCAGACAUUUACUCUCCUGUCAGCGGUAUUGUCGCGGAGGUGAAUGAAAAGCUGAAUGACGAAAUGUCGCUCGUGAACAAGAGCCCUAUGGAGGAAGGUGCGUUAUCACACCAAGUUUAA